UAUUCGUAUACAAUAUUUGUAUAUGUAUACAUAUCUAUUUACCCAUAUACGUUUCAUGUUGUAUCGAUAAAAAGGAAAACAUAAAACGAGAUCAUAACCAGUGCGUCUGACAAGGAUUUAGUGAUAACGAAUUCAAGUUAUUCGAAAGAGAAAGAAAGAGAGAUAGAGAGAGUGAGAAAGGGAGGGAGAAGGAAAACGAUAAAUCGAUUGGUUUCCGAAUGAACUUAAGAAGAGAAAAUAGAAGGACGGAAGGACGAAACUAGGAAAAGAAGGAGACUUAGAGAAGAAGAAUAGAGCAAACGAUUAGAUGAUCCUAGUUCGGAGCAUAGGACAAAGGGUGGACGGGCGAGAAAUACAAUUUCAGGAGAGGCUCGAUGCGGCAAAUGCGGCGAAUGCGCUGAAUGCGUUGAAUGCGACGACGGUAACGUCAUGCGCUCUGAAAACAACCGCAACCCCCUGUGAGAAGAGACGAGGAAGAACGGUAGGGAUUAGGUGUACGCGGCGUGGUAGGAUACACGGUGCGCGAGCGCGGGCACGCGCGCACACGCGCAUUAAACCACCAAGGUACCCGUAGUGGAAGAGAGACGGGACAGCACGCACGCUCGUAGGUUCUGCUGUAAAGGAGGGAGCACAGUGCAUCGAAGUUAUGCAGUGUUGCUUACCACGUAGAAGGCAUAACACUCGCCGUUUCUACAAUAGGAUCCUAACAUUUUCAUAAAUUUUUUGUUCUACGUUUCGGUGUUUUCAGUUUUCCAACGUUCUCUUCUUUAUUGCUCUUCUUAACAAACGUUUCGUCAGUCUCACCGUAAAUCGCAACGUAAAAUCGAUUAUCCAGAGACGGGUAUUUCGACAGAAACACCGCGGAAGGCAAGUCCUAUUUGAAAGAGAAAUCGGAACGAGGAUCAUAAGGAUAGUUGGCGCCGAAUGUUUUUACCUACACGCGACUGACAACGAAGAUUAAUCUGGAAUUGGCGCACGACUUUUAAAUGAGAGGGAGAAAGAGAGAGAAUUGAAAUCAAAAAUUGGAUCGAGAGUAAAAUCAAGAUCAAGACUCGCAUUUGACAAGAAACGUCACGAAAGUUCAAGUCUGAAUUGGAAAAGAAAGCAGAGUUCGAAGCAAUAUAGUACAGAAUUACAUUAUGAUAGAAAAUGAGUUUGGAAUCGCUGAAUGAGAUUUCGUCGCAUUAACGUUGUAUCAGCUUGAUAUAUUACAAAGUUAUCAGUUGGACCAGUGGAUAAUCCGCAAAAAGUGGAUUUUUAGUGUCCGGCGUUGUUAGUGUCCGAUCUGGAGUUUAAUAAUCAUCGCGCCCUACCUCUCUCACCGCGCCACGCCAGCAAUCGUACCACAUAUCGAUACUCAUAUCGACCACCGUUCGUUUUUACGUAAUUACGUGUAGUUUUUAAAAUAAAUAUUCCGUGUCAUAGUGUUUGAAUAAUAUUCUGAUCGAACCAGGUAAAACCACAAAAGGAUUUUGCAGAACAUUUCGAUAUCACGUGACUAGUUGCGAACAGUACUUCCUUAUGUUCUUUACUGUGGUGCCUAAAUAACUUAAGUAAAGAAAAACUAGUGCCUAUAUAACGUAUAUGCGCAAUAAAUACAUAUAUCAAAUGCUGUGACUUGAAAACAUAGAACGACUCGUUAAAUCGAUUGGGAUCAUUCGAUGAACCAAAUCAUGGAUCAGUGAUACAGUGAUACUCGAGAUACUCGCGAUUUAUCUCGAUUUCAUUCUGUUAGAAUUUCAAUCGAAUCAGUCACACUCACAAUAAGAAUAUUACUCUUUAUUUCCGAAACGAAAUUUACAAUCAUCGCACUAGAACUAGGAUUAGGACCAGAAAAUAAUGUGAGUGAAAAUCGUCGAAAGAAAAUUAAUAUCGAAUUUGAAAUGCGAAUGAAAUUAUUAUGAAAUUACUCACAUUUUUCUCGGGGCUCGAAUGAACAAGCAUACUCGCAUUUGUCCGAUCUAGAUUUAAUCUUACCGCCUUCUCUUUGUAUCUCUUCGCAAUUUCCGUUCUCUUGAAACAUCUUCCGCUUCUAUCAUACAUACAUAUAUACAUAUAUAUCGAAGAUAUACAACAAUGUCUCGUUUAAUGUUGUGUAAUCUCGGCAAUACAUCCACGGCGGGAAAUGAUACAAAUAACAAUGCAAAUACGAAUAGUAGUAUGGAGGAUGAUGACUACUAUCCACUGCCAACUAUUUAUCGCUGCCGUGCACCUAUAGCGAGUUUGGAUUGCAUGGAAGAGUUCAACGGCGGCGGCGGCGGCGGCGGCGGUGGCGGCGGCGGUGGCGGUGGUGGCAAUGCCGUGGACUCUGGUGUACAUUGCAGUAAUACCACUGGAACGAAGGAACAGCUACUGACUAACUGCAUUGCCGCACAAGCGCAGCGCUUACAGCAUCCUUCGCCAGGUACAUGGACAACUUUCGGAAUAGGAGGUUGCAGUAAUGAGGAAACAGCUGAAGCUGUAGUUGCCCUCGCCUAUGACAGUGGAAUAAAUGUGUUCGAUCUGAGCGAAGCUCAUAGCGGUCAUAGAGCAGAAAUUCAAUUUGGGCGAAUUUUAUUACGACGUGCUUGGAAUCGUUCAAGUUACGUCGUUACCACCAAAAUAUAUUGGAACACGAAGACAGAGGGACGUGGAUUGUCACGAAAACACAUAAUCGAAUCGGUGCAAGCAUCUUUAGUCAGGUUACAAUUAUCGUACAUCGAUAUUGUAAUGAUUCACAAAGUAGAUCCUAUGUGUCCUAUGGAAGAAAUAGUACGUGCAAUGAACUACGUGAUAAGUAAAGGAUGGGUAAUGUAUUGGGGAACGUCUCGUUGGACCCCUGUCGAAAUUAUGGAAGCUUACACGAAUUGCCGUCAAUUUAAUUGUGUCACACCAAUCGUGGAACAAGCCGAAUAUCAUCUAUUUUAUAGAGAAAAACCAGAACUUUAUAUGCCAGAGUUGUACAAUAAAAUCGGUGUUGGUCUGAUGGCGUGGUCCACGGUUACGAUCGGCAUGGUUUCUUCGAAACCUGACGACUGUGGUGUAUCUUUUUUAUCGAGAUCUUCGUAUAAGAAUAAAUAUUCGUCAUUCAGUUGGACCGAAGACGAAACGCAAUCUUUGUAUAAAGAACAGGAAUACGGCUGGAAGGAAAAGUCAGCCGAUGACGAAACGCGAAAAUAUUCGGAUAAAUUGCGAGAUGUGUGUGCACUCGCCGAACGACUCGGUUGCUCUUUCGGACAGUUGGCCAUCGCGUGGUCUUUAAAGAAUGAAAGUGUUCAGUGCCUUCUCCUCGGUGCAUCAAACAUAGAUCAACUGUACGAGAGUCUUCAAAGUUUACAGCUAAUUCCAAAAUUGAACGCCAAUAUAAUGAACGAAAUUGAAAGAAUUCUUGAUAACAAACCGUCGCGACCUCCGAUGAUUUCAACAUUGGCGCUCAGAUGACAAUCAAUUUGCCCCCACGGAAGUGGUGGGGGCUCCUUAGAAGAUGGAGGCAGCCCAAAAAGCGAAGGUGCUAAUAGCCAAGAUCAAGAGCAGACGAAAGAGUUAACCGGCAAGCUACCAUUCUGCGAAAUACAAUGAAGUCACAUUAGUACGUGUACGUAAAUUUAUGCACAGCCUGAUCUUGGCCGGGUAAAAUUGGAUCGAUUAAAACCGAAUUCUAAGAUGAACUAAAAUGAAUGAAAUGAUGCCAAGCGAGAUCACACAAGAUUAAACGAGAAAGAAACAUUCGAAUAAGGCAUCUGCUGCACGUUCUAGGUGUCCGGCACGAAUAUAUUCACGUGAAAAUGAAUCGACGACAAUACUACUACGGUUACGGUUACGGUUACGGUUACGGUUACGGUUACGGUUACAGUUACGGUUACGGUUACGGUUACGAUUACGGUCACAGUCACUGUUACAAUUACCAUUACGAUUGCGAUUGCGGUUACGAUCGCGGUUACGUUCGAUAUUUCACGAUAAAUGUUCACGAAUAAAUUACAGACACGGUUUUCACACAUCUUUGAUGCAGCUGUACGAUUAUCCUCUUUGCAAUCUUCUUGGAAUAGGGACAUUUAAAUGCGGAAAAGAGAGGUUGAAGAUAACUGGAAAACUUUUUUGCGUACACUUCUUUCGUUUCGAAGAAAAGCGAUCGAAUACAAGUUUUCUAUGAAUGUACGACUUGAAUUUCUACCCAUGAUUCACUAUGCCAGGUGUUCAUUCGUAAAUUAGAUAGAAUAUCGUAAUGUCUUUAUUACAGCUGUGUAAGAUGAUAAGAUGAAUGCUUGUGGUUACUUUUUUCAGCUUCAAAGAAUUUCUUUUUUUCGUUUUCCAUAUUUUUCCUGCAAUUUAUCUGAGAAUAUUUAAUAAAGUACUGUAGCCGUUGGGAUUGAUAGUAAGCGAAUAGUCAUCUCUAUUGAGAUCGCAAACUGUCAAUAUUGAAUCGUUUCUCAUCCUUCCAAGGUUUUAUUCCUUUAUCCGUGUACAAGGCAAACCAAUAUAAGGAAAUACAAUGUGAAACUGGUCGGAAUUCACACGCAUAUACAUAUACAGCUACGCACGUACGUUCUCAUGCUAUAAUAUCUACGUUCGUGCGAGAUAGUUUUCGUAUGAUUGAUUAUACGAUUGAUUUAAUUCUCGAACGUGCGUAUACCAUUCGUAAUCACAGGUGGACAGCUAGCUCCGGUCAGCUAACUAGCCAUUCUGCUAGUUAACUACCCCAAACCAUAGCCAAGUAGCUAUGUAGGAUAGGUAAAUGACAUAGACGGAUAGUCUAUCAGUAAGUAGUCGUAGAUAGUUAAGGUAAAUAGUUAGAUAAGUAUGUAUAUACUUAGAUAGAUAGGGGUAUGAAAGGACGAAAGCGGGCAAGCGCGAUAAGUGAAAUUAUGUGAUAUAGAACGAAAAAAGAGAAUGCGUGUGACGCGAGGAAAAAGGUUUCAAUGGGUUUAUAGAUACGCGCAGAAAAAUCACGGUACAAGAAUAUUUCCGCUAUACGCUUAUUUCGUUCGAUUCGUUCGACUAUCUGCUAUCUCCCGCAAGAAUGUUAGAGCAAUAUUCUUUUCUUGCAUUUAGUUUUCCGAAUAAAAACCGUCCUAACGGCGCGACAGGCGCAAAGCCUCGUAGAACUAGUAAGAUCAUUUUCAAAUAACAUCGGUCACGAACCGACCAAUGUUGAAUAUUCCUGAAGACGAACGAUCCAUGUAUAUUUACCUUACUAAUCCGCAUAUACCAUUUCGUGUAUAUGGGGUGAAAACAACUGUGAGAAUAUCAUUAAAUAAAUAACGGAAGUGAAACAUGACACGUCAAGGAGAGAAAGGAGAGAAGAUCAGAGACAGUUCAAUGAAAUUCCAAUGAAAUUCGAAUAAGUGAUCAAACUUCGGGACAAAUAUGGGGACGGUGAUAUUACAGAAAUUAUCAACCGUUGCCGAUUGUAUAUAUGUAAAUCAUAAUUAACUGUUACGACUACGUUGCUAUUUAGUGACUCUUUGAUCCCUGGUAUGCAUUCGAAUAUAUAAUAAGUAGGUAUAUAUUCGAAUAUAAGUACUUAUAUUAUACAUUCGGAUAACAGGGAAUAAGACAGCAAACUCGUUAAUGGGGUCGGUUAGGUAGCUGCGCGAUUAGCUAUCGGUAAUUAAAAUGAUAAUGAUCGAACACCGAUCGCAGUGCUGGCUACGCUUUUGCCGAUUACGCUAAUUAUUUAGCGAUUUUUCAUCCAGGUUACGAUCUAUAUUUUCCACGAAAGUUUUUAUCGAAGCGUAAUAUAUUGUUAUAUAAUAUAUAUAUAAUAACUCGAUAAUACGAACAAAUGUGUACAGAAGCGUGCAAGUAUGUACAUAUAUUUGAUUUGCCGUGAUCUCGAAGACAUGGCAUCUAGGCAAACUAAAACGCGGUUACGCGACUUUUUGGGACAAUUCAAAAAGUUGGAAAAACUUGAGUCGAUAGGAAGAUAUCAAACUGCCAAAACGUCGAGCGUUUUGUCGUGAAUCAAAUGACGAGCCAUGAUACGAAUGAUCGUUAAAAUAUAUGAAAUGCCUCAACUGUGUUCCGCGCGAACAAAACAAUCCUCUGUAUAAUCGAUGAUAGUCGAUGUGAUUUGAAGAGAGAGCAGGUCGAUUAGCAAUGAAAGAACGAUUAGGUAUGGAAAUGGCUGGGAGGCAAAGAAAGUAGGGGAAGAGAAGAAAAAGGAAGGAUAGGUAAAGAAAGAGGUCGGAGAGUAGAAGCGAUACAGAAACGGCGAUGAUACGAUUAAUUACGAGUCAAAUGGAAAAUGUUCAAUGAAUAGACAAUCUUGAUCCUUUGCGGAUGUUUUUCAUCGCUUGAUCGCGUUACGUUCGAAUCAAGAUUGUUCGUUCGUUAUUUCGUUCGUUCAUUGAACGAAUUAAGAGAGAUUGUGUCCGAGAUUGUUACUCGUUUAAAAUGUAAGAUUUUAAAGAUUUUAUUCACGCGCCUUGUAGAUAGAUAGGUAGGAAAUGUGUACGAGAAAUCGGUAGGACAAUUACGAUACCGUCAUUAUUAUUGACCCGUUAUCGACGAUCAAAGAUGCGAAUAUUCGAAACGAAUUUCAUGCGCAUGAUUGUCAUAUAUAUACUUGCAUGUAUACACUACAUAGUGUACAUAGUCGGUCAUUGGUUAUCUUAUCCAGUCAAAUAGUAUACACUUUAUCGAAUAAUCUUCGUUUACGCGGCUAAUUGUUAUUGUUUAAUCAGAAAUUGCGAAAGCAUAAGGAAUUGUAUUAAUACCAACGAAAAAUCGAUCGGACUGUGAUUAAAUCGAUCGGUCUUCCAUUUAUUAUUAUGGAUGGAGUUCGUAAUUUGAUUUAAUCGACUAUCAGUAAGGAUGGCCACGAACACAUAAUCGAAUCGAAUCGUAUCAAAUUGAAUCGAACCCGACUACGUACAUAGAAUCGCGACAGUCGAUUAAACAAUCGAUGCUGAAUAGGACACGUGUAUAUGUAGGCAAUAUUCGUAUAACUGUGUCAUGUGCGUGUUGCAUAAUACCAAGUACUGACACGAAAAAAGAAUAACCGCUCUUGCGAAGCUGUAGCAUCUUUUUAAAUUGUCGAUGAUACGAGUACGCAUCUACCUAUCUAUAUUUCUAUAUUAAUUUAUGAUACAACCGUCGAAAUACAAUGAGAUCGAAUUCGAAUAAAAGUGUUCAAUACGAACGUACUUUUUGGUCAACUAUUUUGUCAAUAAAGAAAUAAUAUGCACGAAAAUUUCAUCUAGAUGGCAUUACCAGUCACAUAUAAUGUAUAUAACUUGUCCUCCGCGGGUAUACAUAUUUUCUCAACGUAUUUCUCAACGACAAAAUCCCUAAAAUUAUAGGGGCCAAAAGGGGUUUGAUCGUUACUCCGAUCACUAUCUUGUGAUCUUCGAUCUACCUUCUAUCUUCUUCUACCGACUUCCUUCUUCUUUUCCCGAAACCACGAUCGUAAAUUUGUGAAAUGGAAAAAACAGCGCGGCGUUUCAUUCAAUAAAUAAUUUAAUGCUCCAAAAAAUGUAAAACACACAUACACACACAUACAUUUUCAUAAGACGGAACAUUUUCUCAAAGUCUUUCGAAAUCUUAUACGAACGUUCUAAGCAAUGUAUCAAGUAUUUAGGGGACUAUUUUGAAAGAAUUAUAAAUAAAAGAAACACGUUACCCUA